AUGUCACAUUCACCAUCUCUCGAUGACAGGCGCGACUACGACGAUGCCCAAAGAGGCUUCAUCGCCGCCUUAACUCCCGGGAUCAUCAAGAACGCCAAGGGGGAAGUGGUAUGGAACAUCGAUGAAUAUGCAUUCCUCGAGAAGGACUGUCCCCCGACGGCCCACAAGCACCUCUGGAGACAAGCCCAACUCAUCGCCAAGCAGGGCUUGUUCGAAAUCAAGCCCGGCAUCUACCAAGUGCGAGGCCUAGACCUCUCCAACAUAACCAUCGUCGAAGGCGAGAAAGGCAUCGUGGUUAUCGAUCCGCUCAUCUCGUGCGAGUGCGCCGCGGCGGCAUUGCAGCUCUACCAGACUCACCGGGGUAAAGGCAGGCCCGUGACGGGGCUGAUUUAUUCUCACUCUCACGCGGACCAUUACAUGGGCGCCGCGGGAGUCCUACCCGAGGGUUGGAAGAACGAUGGUAGUAUCCCGAUUAUUGCACCGGAGGGCUUCAUGGAGUCCGCUAUAAGCGAGAACAUCCUCUGUGGGCCGUCUAUGAUGAAACGCGCUGUGUUCAUGUACGGCACCGCCAUCCCCCGGUCUCCAACGGGACAGAUUGGAGUCGGACUGGGCUUGGGUACUAGUACAGGGUCGACGUCUCUCAUUCCCCCGAACGUGCUGAUAAAGAAGACGGGGGAAGAGCUUGUUGUUGACGGCGUGCGCAUCAUCUUCCAGAUGGUGCCUGGGACUGAAGCGCCGGCGGAGAUGAAUUUCCAGUUUCCCGAUUUCGGAGCUCUCUUAAUCGCCGAGACGGCUACUAACUGCCUGCAUAAUAUCGCCACCCUUCGAGGAGCCGAAAUACGAGAUGCAAAGGCAUGGUCGAGCUACCUCGACGAAGCAAUUGUGCUCUUCGGAGAAACGUCAGACGUCGUCUUUGGAAGCCAUCAUUGGCCUACAUGGGGCCGGAAAGAGCUCAUCACUAGGCUGUCUGAGCAGCGAGACCUGUACGGAUAUCUGCACGACCAGACCGUACGCAUGAUGAAUCUAGGGAUGACGGGGGUGGAGAUUGCCGAGAAGAUACAAUUGCCGCCGGCACUCUCGCGGGCAUGGCAUUGCCGAGGCUUCUACGGUUCGGUAAGCCAUAACGUCAAGGGCAUCUAUCAAAAAUACAUGACCUGGUUCGACGGCAACCCAGCCCAUAUAUGGCAAUAUCCCCCGGCGGAGGAAGGAAGAAGAUACGUCGAGUGCAUGGGAGGCGUUGACAGUCUCUGCGACAAGGCCGAGCAAUUCCUGAGCAAGGGCGACGCCCGGUUCGCAGCGACGCUGCUCGCCCACGCUGUGGCGGGAUACCCUGAUCACGCAAGCUCCAGGCUGAGGGAUCUCCUGGCCUCCGCGUACGAGAACCUAGGCUACGGCUCCGAAAACGGAACGUGGCGCAACUUUUACCUGACGGGGGCUCUGGAGCUGAGGACCGGUAGACGAGUCGGCCAGGAUACGGAUUGGAGUACGCCCGGGACGCAUCUGUCUGUUGAGCAGUGGUUUGACGUCAUUGCUGUGCGGCUGAAUAGCGAGAAGGCUGCCGAGGCAUCGUUUACGAUUGAUUUUGAUGUUACGGAUGUUAAGAAGAAGUGGCGGCUUAUAGUGAGCAAUGGUGUACUGACGCGACGGUUGCUCGAGGCUGGAGGAGGGGACGGGUUCGACCUGAGGUUGGUUUUGACGCGGGAUCAGCUAGGGCAGAUACUGCAGGAAACGAAUCAAGCUCCUUCUCCGCCUGCACACAUCGAGGAAACAACCACUCGGAGGGCCCUUUGGUCACGCCCCCUCAACAACCACCAGACUCUGCCCCAGUUGUGCCCCCCUCCCGCCGCCACCACGUCGUCCCACGACUCCUCCGGCGCCGCCCCCGGUGAAGGGCCGGCAUCCGCACCCACCACAUCCCCCACCUCCCCGCGCUUCCACCGCCCCAUCCUCCAAUCCAUGCCCGACACCCGCCAGCAAUCCUUCGACGAGAUCUACGGGCCCCCCGAAAACUUCCUCGAGAUCGAGGUCCGCAACCCCCGCACCCACGGCGUCGGCCGCCACAUGUACACCGACUACGAGAUCGUCUGCCGCACCAAUAUCCCGGCCUUCAAGCUGCGCCAGUCCACCGUGCGCAGGCGCUAUUCCGACUUUGAGUACUUUCGCGAUAUUCUCGAGAGGGAGAGUGCGAGGGUGACCAUUCCGCCGUUGCCGGGGAAGGUGUUUACGAAUCGGUUUAGCGAUGAUGUUAUUGAGGGCAGGAGGGCGGGGUUGGAGAAGUUUUUGAAGAUUGUGGUUGGGCAUCCGCUUUUGCAGACGGGGAGUAAGGUUUUGGCUGCUUUUGUGCAGGAUCCAAACUGGGAUAGGAAUGCCUGGUGA